UAUGAGACCGGGCGCGGAUACAGAUGCAGUUUUCUUGAACAGCCGCACAAAUGGAUGGAACCGAAACGAACCGGAGAAACUGCGCGAAAACGGAGCAACAGAAGAUGUUAGACUCCGGAGGAAACCAAAGUGGAUCUAAGGACAGAGUGACUCUCAAAAAAGAAAUUGGUCUUUUGAGCGCGUGCGCCAUAAUUAUAGGCAACAUCAUUGGCUCAGGGAUCUUCAUCUCUCCAAAGGGGGUUCUAGAUCAUGCAGGCAGUGUGGGGUUCUCACUCAUCGUGUGGGUUCUAGGAGGAGGGAUCUGUGCCUUGGGAUCUCUUUGCUAUGCCGAGUUGGGUGUCACCAUCCCCAAAUCAGGUGGAGACUACUCAUACGUCACUGAGAUCUUCGGGGGACUGGUGGGGUUCUUGUUGCUGUGGAGUGCUGUGUUGAUCAUGUACCCAACAACUCUGGCUGUGAUUGCGCUCACCUUCUCCAACUAUGUGCUGCAGCCUGCCUUCCCUGACUGUCUGCCUCCAUACAUCGCCACCCGGCUCCUCUCAACCACCUGUGUCUUGUUCCUGACUUGGGUGAACUGCUCCAGUGUGCGCUGGGGGACACGGAUCCAGGAUAUUUUCACUGUGGGGAAACUGCUAGCCCUUGUCCUCAUCAUUAUAGUGGGAAUGAUGCAGAUUGCCAAAGGACACUAUGAUGCAUUGGAGCCCCAGACAGCGUUUGAGUUCAUAAAGGAUCCAUCAGUGGGGCAGAUUGCUCUGGCCUUCCUGCAGGCCUCAUUUGCCUACAGUGGAUGGAACUUCCUGAACUACGUCACUGAAGAGGUGGUUGAGCCUCGCAAGAACCUUCCACGUGCAAUCUACAUCUCCAUCCCCCUGGUGACGCUCGUCUAUACUCUCACCAACAUUGCGUACUUCUCCUCCAUGUCCCCUCAAGAGCUGCUGGAGUCGAACGCUGUCGCUGUGACAUUUGGAGAGAAGCUGCUUGGAGUGUUCUCCUGGGUGAUGCCCAUCUCUGUGGCUCUUUCCACCUUUGGAGGGAUCAACGGAUACUUGUUUACAUCUUCUAGGUUGUGUUUCUCAGGCGCCAGAGAGGGUCACCUGCCCUACCUGCUGGCUAUGAUCCACCUUAAGAGCUGCACACCAAUCCCUGCCCUACUCGUUUGUUGUACAGCGACCAUACUGAUCCUGUGCAUCGGGGACACACAUAACCUGAUAAACUACGUGUCAUUUAUAAACUACCUCUCAUAUGGAGUCACUAUAGCUGGGCUGCUGUACUACAGAUGGAAGAAACCCAAACUGGUCCGACCCAUCAAGGUAAACUUGUUGGUCCCUUGCAGCUAUCUAGUGUUCUGGGCAGUGUUACUGGGCUUCAGUCUGUACUCAGAGCCAGUGGUGUGUGGUAUGGGGCUGGUGAUCAUGCUCACUGGAGUCCCCAUCUACUUCAUUGGAGUGCAGUGGAAGAACAAACCACACUGGAUUUCCAGUGCUGUGGAGAGAGUCACCUAUCUGGGGCAGAAGUUGUGUUAUGUGGUCUUCCCUCAGGAUGAUCCCUCUGAAAUACAGCCUCUUACAGAGAAAUCAGAGCUGUGAGCGGCAGAGGACUUCUCGCACUCCUUUUUGGAAUAGCAAAGACCUGUUUUCCAUCCGUUCUUGAGUGUUUUCCUUGUCUGAUGCUGUGCGUGAGGAGAUGCUCUCCAGAAGCUCCUCUGAGACUCAGCCAUCACAGCAGAAGAAACAGAAGUUUUAUGUUUUCUUGCUCAGACAUCACAUUUCUUAGUUGUAACUGUUCUCCCCUCACAUACAUUUGUUCGGACAUCAUCUUGUUAUUGAACGCACCCUCCUCCUGUCCUGUCGGAGAUGACUUCCCUUGACCUCUUCAUGUUUUCUCUGGGAGUUGUUCAAUUUUUGAGAACUGUUGGUGUAUUCUCAUGUGCCUUACAGGAUCUCGUUCUGUUUUUGAGGUUUUUAUCUUUAGACUUUUUUUUAUUAGUAAUCCCCCUGUAAGUGAGCAGAAGGGGGACUUGUUGAAGCCUGUUUACCUCUUAACCCAGUCUGAUAUCUAAACUCCAUUUGUGAGUAUGAAUUUUUUCACCUAGAGGAUUAGGCCUUGUCCUCUAGUCCUCCUAAUAAUUACUGACUCCCUCAAGCAAAAAAGUAGUAACGUAUAGCUGCGCUCAAAAUGUCUAUGCAAGAAUAGUCUAGGCACUUUAAUAUACUUGCAAAUUUUUAGCUCAUAUUGCACGAUAAACUUAGUGCCUUGCUUCCUGGAUAAGCAACAAUCUCCUGCCACUGUUUAACAGAGGCUCUGCCCCAGAACUUAUAGCACUGCCAAUCUCUUAGCCUUAUGCUAAUGAUAGGAACCAUGGGAUGUUCCAAGUUCAUUCUUCUCAGAUAACGUUAUUUACAUAAAAGGUGAUUUACAUU